AUGAACAACUUCACCCAAAAUCUUUCUAAAAAGCCAGGCAACAGAACUGGUAUUAAGAAUAUCGAGAAGCAGAAGAAGUCCAUUCUUGUUGACUGGAUCAGGGAGCACAGAGACAACCCUUAUCCGACUGAAGACGAGAAGUACCAACUCGCAGAGGCUACUCAACUGACUGCCAAACAAAUAUCGAACUGGUUUACAAAUGCGAGAAAGAGACACUCUUCAUUGAUUGAUGAAUCGAAGCUACUCAAAGCAAAGAGAAGGAGAUCUGCUUUAAACUCUUCCCUGCUAAAUUACCAAAGAUCCAUUCAACCUGGCCUUGAGAUUCAAAUUCCACAUAUGACACAAUGGGAUGCUUCAGCUCACCAGUUUGCAAUGAGUGCGGACAAGUUCUGUUUCUGCAGCAUUGAUGAAGACCUGAGCAAGUUUAGACAUCAGUUGGAGCUGAAACACACAGAAAAGAAGCAAAAACAUUGCAUCGACUUGUUCAGGUUACUAUAAGAAUAAAAAUUUGUUUUAAUGAUUCUCUUCAACUUUCUUGAUGCUGA